CAAUAAAAGAAACGAAGAGAUAAAUACAAAUUCCAUUAAAGAUAAUUUGAGAAUAACUCUAACGGAUGUGACAAACGAAUCGUCGAACGAUGAAUAUGAAUCAACAAUAAAAUCAUUGACAUUUAAUAAUAGUUUACAGACACCUUCAUCUGUGUCAGCCUCUCUAUUAACUCACGGUGUUGACGUUGAAAGACCAUAUAAUGCACUUCCGCCACGUUCAUUUAAGAACCGUAAUCCAAUUACAUCACACGUUCCAGUAGCCCCUCCUCUAUUAGGUAAUUCAUCUAUUCAUAAUAAUAAAUCAAAUGAACCAUCCAGAUUGGCUGUAAGUAUGCAUCAAGCUGUCCAAUAUUCAAAUAAACCAAUUGAUGUACAAUUUGGCGAUAUAUAUUGGGUUGAUGGCAAUGCAGAUGAAAGUAUGCCUGAAGGAAUUGAGGACAGUGUGAACAGUAUUAAAAUAUCAGCUGUAGAUGAAAAAAAAUUAUCAACUUCAGAACAAAUACCAUCCGUGAAGUAUAAUCAACAAACAAAGUCCUCCUUUUCUUUUCCAAAUACACUAACCGCAAAAAGUGAUACUGAUUUGUAUUCAAAUGAUGUAACGCCUAACUUCACCAGCAUAAACGAUACAAUCAAUGAUGAAUCAAAUGUUUUAUCAGAUACUCAACAGCAAUUAUUAUCGUCUUCCACUACUUCGUUAUCAAAACCUCAGUCGCAUAAUUUUCAGUCAACAAUCAAUUCAGUGUUUAAUCAAAACAAACUAUCGGAACCUGAUUUAACCUCAACCAAUAGCGUAGUUAAUAACAGUGUACAUUUAUCCGAUCAUAUUAAACAACAUCCAGAACAAUCUUCGGCUACAUCUUAUAUCCAACAACAGUCGAAUGCGUCCAAUUCUCAGAAAACACCCACUCAUUCAACAAAUUCUUCUACAACUACAUUAGCUCAUUCAAUUCGAAAUGGAAAUAACCAACAACAGCAAUACUACAAUAACCAAUUAUUUCAACAACAACAACAACAGCAGUCACAAUUAUCUCUAAAUAAUGGAUUUUCUUCUUUCACAAAUCUACAAACAAAUUCUCCCGCUUCGGGAUCUCACAAUCCAAUGACACAUGAGCACUAUUCUGGUGUUGCAAAUAUUAUUCAACAACAACCACAGAUGUGGAUAACACAGCAGUCACGUUAUGUGAAAAAUUCACAAAAUAAAAAUAUUCAACAACAACAAGCUGUUCAUCAUGCAAAUGCAUAUCCACCACAGCAACAUUUUCAAGCACCACCUCAACCAUGUAUAUAUCCAAUAGUAUGGCCAUGCGAGUACAAUACAUACUUUCCACUUGAGCAUCAGCCAAAUGCUUAUAAUAUGGUAUCAGCAAUACAAAGUCCUCCUUUUCAUCAUUCAGCUGCAACAACGAAACUAAAUCAGUAUUCUCAAGUCCGUCCAACAGAACUGAUACCUAACAAUGGCAUGUUAAAACCAUCAACAUUACCAGCUACCGCUGCUGCAUUCACAACCCCAGAUAAUCGAAACAGUGGCAAUAAUCGUCAUCAACGUUAUUCUACUCCAAAUUAUUCAAAUACAAAUCGGCAUUGA